UGUCACUAGUGUCAGCGUGACAGAAGAUGCUCAACUGAAAUAUAAAAAUUAAAAAAUACAAAUUAAGUUUUGCUUCAAGUUUUGUUGUAUUAAUUCCGUUUACGUUGUAAUUAAGUGUAUUCCGUGUUAACUCGUUACGUUAUUUAUACAGUUAUAAACGAUUAUUUUAAAUAUUUAAGUGUUAGUUCUAAACGAAGAUUUAAAAAAUCAAUAAAGCCAUUCUCUUCUGCCGGUUCGCGUGAAGUAAAUUAAUAAAUCUACCGAAAAAUAUUAAGAGGAAAUCAACGCAAUUUAUCAACGUAGAUCACACGAAGAGUUAUGGUUUUUUAGCAUCGACUUUAAUUUAUUGUAAGGGAACCCCAUCGUCAUCAGCUGCCAGCAACAGCACCGUAUGGCAGCUAAUCCUGAAGCUUUUCGUCAUAGGCACCAGCCGCCUACACAUAUGAAACGUCGCACAAUCGCCAUACAAAUCGCGUCGACGCGCCGGCAAUUCUGCAGAAGAGACGGUGACUUGGAAGAAUGGCUGACCAGAAUUCGGACGCCGAGCGGCCCCUCCGAAUAGACGAUCGAAGCGAGGAACGCCGGCCGAACGGCGGAGUCCCGCCGGAGCGCCCUGAAGAAGCGCCUUCGACGCCCAAGCCACGCUUGGAGUUGAUACUCAACGAGAAGAACAAGCCGGAGAAGGGCCGGGCGAGGAACAACAAUUUGUACGCCAAUCCCAUCAGCGAUGAUCGGCUGGACUCCGAGAAGCUCCUCAUAUGCAAUAAAGACGAAGAUGACAGACCAGUAUUACACGUGCAAUUCAACAGCGACAAUCGCAGCGAAGUCUCCACCAUCAAGAAAUCCUCCGGACGCAGCAGCAUCGAUUCAUCGUCGUCCUCAUCAUCUUCAUCAUCAUCAUCUAGCGUAUCGUUGGAGCUAUCGGAGGCCCGACCGCCCGACGGCGGCUGGGGCUGGGUGAUCGUACUCGCCUCGUUCGUGGUGAACCUCAUCGCCGACGGCAUCACCUUCAGCUUCGGCGUCAUCUUCGUCGAAUUCCUCAACUACUUCGGCGAGAAUCGCGGCACCACCGCCUGGGUGGGCGGCCUCUUCAUGGCGAUGCCGCUGCUCUCCGGGCCGGUGGCCUCGUUCCUCACCGAUCGCUACGGAUGCCGCAAGGUCACCAUAUUCGGCGCUAUUCUAGCCUCCAUCGGUUUCAUCAUCAGCUCGACGGCCGAUUCGAUGAUCGUGCUGUGCAUCACCUUCGGCCUGCUGGCCGGUUUCGGUUUGAGUUUAUGCUACGUGGCUUCGGUGGUGAUUGUAGCGUACUAUUUCGACAAGAGGCGGUCGUUUGCUACGGGUUUGGCGGUUUGCGGUAGCGGCAUCGGAACGUUCAUAUUCGCGCCGUUGAUACAGCUGUUGCUCGACGAGUACGGGUGGCGCGGCACGACGCUUAUCCUGGCAGGGUUGUUUCUGAACAUGGUGGUGUGCGGGGCGCUGAUGCGCGACCUGCCUUGGACGUCGGAGAAGCAGAGGAUGAUGGCCAGACAGCGGAAGAGGAACCGGCAUUUGAGGAGGCAGCAGAAGGAGGCGUCGGCCGAUUCGGUGUCGGUUAGCAACAGCACGAAUACCGCUAGCGUUUUACAAACGAUUAUCGAACAGAAGGAGGAUGAUGUUGAUGAUUCUAGACGAGUUAGGCUCAGUAGUUCUUUGGUUAACUUACCCACGUACGUUCGUAACGGGGAGAAAGUACCGUUAGAAGUUUUGGAGUUACUGACGAGCCACAAGAACGUCUACAACGUACUACUGACGAAUUACCCCAAUCUGUUGACUCCGUCGAGGAGUUUGAGCUCCGGUAGACUCAACGAGGGGUUGAUGAUCUCCAAACACGCCGCCACCCAAUCGCAUCUAUCACCGCCCGCUACUACAUCACAAACAGACGCUGACGAUCGCUUGUGGUCGUCGAAGAAGGACCAAAUCCCGCCUAUCCAGAAGAAACUACCCACCGCCUAUCUGCGCGAUUUGAGAAUCCACCGACUAUCAGUCACCUACAGAGGAGCCAUGCUUAACAUCAACAGGUACCGCCUGCGGGCCAGCUCCUGUCCGGACAUCUACAGGAACUCGAUGACGACCAUCGCCAAGCAGAAGGUCCAAUGGUACGCCGGUUUGUGGGACUUUUGGGACCUGCUGGUCGACAUGUUCGAUUUCUCGCACUUUCUCGAUCCCAAGUUCCUGGUGUUCGCCAUCUCGAAUUUCCUCCUCUACACGUGGUACGAUGUUCCCUACGUCUAUCUCACGGACAACGCGCGCAAAAACGGCUGCUCCGAGAAGGAGGCUUCGCUUCUGAUCUCCAUCAUCGGCAUCAUCAACAUGCUAGGAGAGAUUAUACUCGGUUGGGCGGGGGAUAGGCGAUGGGCAAACGCCAGUUUGAUCUACGCUUUGUGCAUGGGUUUGUGCGGAGGCGUCACCGCUUUGGUGCCGGUGGUGACCGAUUACAGCAUGAUGAUGGUGGUGUCGGGAGCCUUCGGGUUCUUCAUAGCCGCCAAUUAUUCUCUGACCUGCAUCAUUCUGGUGAAAUUGAUCACGUUGGAUCGGUUCACCAACGCCUACGGGUUGCUGUUGCUGGUGCAAGGCGUCGCCAAUCUCGUCGGGCCCCCUUUAGCCGGUUGGGUGUACGACGUGACCGGCACUUAUAACAUGUCCUUUUACUUGGCGGGCAUCUUCAUAGCGUUGUCGGGAUUGUUGCUGACGGUCAUUCCGAUGAUGAAUCUCUGCAGACGGACGGUGUUGAGGCGAAAUGGCGGUAGCGAGGCGACGAUCGAGGAGUAAUUCGUUGUGAUAGAUAUUUGUGAAUUGUCUAUGUAUUAUUUGUUUUGUUUUUUUUUUGUCGAAUUUAACGUCCACAAGUGAACUUAAAUAUAUUUUAUAGGCGAUUUUGUAAGCGAGAAACGUUAAGGUGUAGCGUUUGGGUUCUUUUCAAUCAACAUAGUUCGAGUUAAGUUAGAGGUGUUAAUGUUGAAGAAUUUCGAGAUUUUUUGUAGCGUUUAAAGCGGGGAUUGGCGAGAUUUUCGGGUAUCGGUGGUUUAUUUUUAGUGUUUUAUUUGCUCGAUUUUGUGCCAAACGAGGAGAGAGUGAGGUACCCGGGAAUUUCUGACAAUCGAUUAGAGUUUCUGAUUAGCGGAGUAAAUCCAUAUACGUAUUGCGAAAUAAAUAAAUAAAUAAAUAAAAUAAUCUUAGGAAAUACACUGCACGAAAUUAGUUCUAAUCGAUGCACUUGUAACAAAAGAGUUGAAAGUGGGCAAGCAAAUUUUGUAAUUACAUUGAAACACUAUUUAGAUGCGAUUUAAUGAAGAAAAAAAUAAAUAAAAAUACGUAUAUGGUUAAUGGGUGAAUUAAAGAAGCUUCUAUGGCAAUAAAAUUACCUUAGAUAGUUUGUUAACUAUUUUUUGAUCUUCCAAUUUUGAAAAAAAAAAUACUCGGUAGGUAAACUAGCGUUCUAAAACGAUUAGAAAUGUUUUAUUGAUGAAUUGUUCCUCAGGUUUUAAUAAUGAAUACUCUUCAUACAUUAUAGAUAUAGCGUUUUACAAAUUAUAUAAUACUUAUUCUAAACGUAUUAAUCGAUUAUUUUCUUGCCAAACUGUAUUUUAUUUUACUUUUAAUUCUCAUAGGUACUAUACAGUACUCGUAGACUUCCGAAAAUAUAAUAAAUUAUAUACUUUAUAUGCUAUUUCCUGCAAAUUCUC